AUGAAGGAGAGUAGUGAUGGAUUUGUUAGAGCGGAUCAGAUUGAUCUGAAAAGCAUCGACGAACAGCUUGAGAGACACCUUAACAAAGUGUUGAUUAUUGACAAGAAAAAGCGCGUUGAAGAAGAAGAUUCUACUGCUUCUAAUGUUUUUGAUCAUGCUCGAGUUCAUACCAGUAGCGCUGGGAAUUCUCCUGUUAAGUUCAAAACGAACUUCAAGAAGCAGAAGCAGGAUUGGGAAAUUGAUCCUUCUAAACUUAUUAUCAAAAGUGUUAUUGCUCGUGGUACUUUUGGAACCGUUCAUCGUGGUGUCUAUGAUACUCAAGAUGUUGCUGUUAAAUUGCUUGACUGGGGUGAAGAAGGCCAAAGGACAGAAGCUGAAGUUUCUUCACUGAGGGCAGCGUUUAUACAGGAAGUUGCUGUUUGGCAUAAACUUGAUCAUCCCAAUGUCACAAAGUUUAUAGGGGCAACAAUGGGGUCUGCAGAAUUGCAGAUACAAACUGAUACUGGUCUAAUUGGCAUGCCAAGCAAUGUCUGCUGCGUUGUUGUAGAGUAUCUUGCUGGAGGUACUCUGAAAUCAUACCUGAUAAAAAACAGGAGGAGGAAGUUAGCUUUUAAGGUCGUCAUCCAGCUGGCGCUUGAUUUAGCAAGAGGGCUGAGUUAUCUUCACUCUCAGAAGAUUGUCCACAGAGACGUGAAGACAGAGAACAUGCUGCUGGAUAAGACUCGCACAGUGAAAAUUGCUGAUUUUGGAGUUGCGCGAGUUGAGGCAUCAAAUCCUAAUGAUAUGACUGGGGAGACUGGAACUCUUGGUUAUAUGGCUCCUGAGGUUUUAAAUGGAAACCCCUACAACAGGAAAUGUGACGUGUACAGUUUUGGAAUCUGUUUAUGGGAGACAUAUUGUUGUGAUAUGCCAUAUCCCGACCUAAGUUUCUCAGAAAUUACUUCAGCUGUUGUUCGCCAGAAUUUGAGACCAGAAAUGCCAAGAUGCUGUCCAAGUUCACUUGCAAAUGUAAUGAGGAAAUGCUGGGAUGCCAGUCCUGAUAAGCGGCCAGAGAUGGAGGAGGUUGUCUCCAUGCUGGAGGCCAUCGACACAUCCAGAGGUGGAGGCAUGAUCCCUGGUGAUCAGCAGCAGGGUUGUUUAUGCUUCCGCAAGCAUAGAGGGCCAUGA